AUGUUCACUGAAACCUUUCUCCAAGUUAAAAAUCAGGAUUGCCUGGAGCAAGUGCUCUCGUUCUUGACCUGCAAGGAGCUUGCAAAUGUUGGUAGGACUACGAAAACCCUGCAAUAUGCUAUCUUUGAAGCGAACGAUAAAGAGGGAAAUAUCAAUUUGGUUUGGACAGGAGCAGAACAAGCGCUGACCAACAAUCCUAGUUGCGACGAACAGGUGAAGAAGACACGGAGAAUGGGCGCCAAUGCCCGGGAACAUUCUCGUAUGUUUUCAGCAGCUCCCCAAAAAGUGAAAGCAUGGUUCUGCAAGAUAGAGACACCGAUCGAAAUUCGAUUCGUAGCUGGCAAAUAUGCGUGCAAGACAGGAUGGAUCAAUGAUGCUGAGCCAGCUUAUGAUGAUGAUAAAACUCCCGUCAUUGUCGAUCUAAAACAAAAGGGACUCAGGGCUACAGUCGUCCAUACCACUUCCUUUAAGAAGAAAAGCGAUCAGAAAGUUCCUACCCGUUAUGCCGAGGAAGUUAUGCAGCAGCGCCCAGAUAUUGAAAAGAAUCUAGUGGCGGUAACACGGCAGAUGGCAAUGUUUCGGAUUGAAAGUCACUUCGACAGAUUCCAUGAGGUCAUGACGAACUGCCUUCUCCUCAAGAAGAAGAAAGUGAGCGACCAAGAAGCUCCCAUCACUUAUGUUGAGGCUUUUAUGCAGCAGUGCCCAGAAAUCCGAAAGAAACUAGUGGCCGUGACACGCCAGAUGCGGAAGUGUGACAUUGAAAGGGACCUCGACGGAUUUAUUGAGGUCCUGUCCCAUUACCUCCGAGAAGCUGUGGAAUGGCACGAUACCCAAAAAUAUUUUCGGAGGAUCAAGUUUGGCGACAACACUAUGGUGGAGUAG